GUUGACAUUUCAGUCUGUGGGGCUUGACAUGUGUAUGCUGGUUGAUGUUGCCAUCUUUCCAAUAAGGGUACUUUUUUGUAUAAGUAAUCUAGUUAAUUUCAUUGCAGGUAUCGCAUGUCUUACGCUUGGACUUUUUAUGGAAUUUGGCGUUGGCACUUAUAUAGACCAGAUUAAAAAUUCUUACUACAUAGUUGUGUAUAUUCCCAAAAUACUGAUCGGAUUAGGAGCAGUUCUAAUUCUAAUGACUUUAAUCGGUCCUUGUGGUGUAGUAACAGGAAACUCAAUGUGCUUGUCAGCUUACUUAUUUUUAAGUAGCGCCAUGCUAAUAGGACAGGUUGUGAUAGGAGCAUACGGCCUGAAGGAAUUUUCCGGGUCGACCUACGCGGGGCUUGGACACUUGGAGGAACUGCUGCUGUCUAAUAUUAAAGCGUAUUACAAUUCGCCAUUUCCUGUCCAAAGUGCGAUUGAUUAUUUACAGAAGAGCUUUGACUGUUGCGGGGUGAAGGGUAUAAGUGACUGGACCUCUCCCCCUCCUAGCUGCUGCGAAAAAUUUGAAUCAAAUACCUGUGAGAGCAAUAGGAGUAAGGGAUGUGGCAAAGAAAUAUACGACUACAUUCAAAGCAACAUGAGUUUGAUUUGGAAAGUUGUCUAUGGGAUAGCUGGGUUCCAGGCAUUUGGAAUUGUUACGACGUACGCUUUGCUCCUUAGACUAGGUUCAGAUUGAUCUAUUUCGUCGACAGAACUUCGGCCAACUAUCUCAUUUUAAUAAUUGCAAAUGUCAUAUUUUUGUCACUAAAAGUAUACCACAAUUAUAAUGUGCUUGCUCCUCAAAGCGGCCCUAGUGCCUGUAAGAUGCCUGUUUUGUGUAGCCACAAAGAUUUAUAUCGUGUUUUAUUUUUAAUAAUGGGACCAUACACUUUGCAUUCGUCGAGUACCUACGCGUCGACAAUUGCAGCAAGUGCCGAUGUAGCUGCACUGGUUCCAAAGGUACUAGCCGGUUUAGGAGCUGUUUUGAUUGUACUUGGAAUAUUAGGGCACUGCGGUAUCACUACCGGUUCGACAAUACUUUUAAACGCCUUCGUCCUAAUAAGCAUAACUGUUCUAUGUCUUCAAAUUGCAAUCGGUAUUCUGGCCAUGAGACAGUUUAGAUCGAUGGAUGAUGGGCUAGACGCAGUGAAUAAGGGCUUCCGUUCCUCUAUUAAACUGUAUGGCAAAUCGAAUACAGUAACGCGGUCAAUUGACCACACUCAGGAGAACUUACACUGUUGUGGAGCGGAGGGUAAAGGUGAUUGGGACCAACUCCCUAAAAGUUGCUGUCAAAAAUACGUGUCAGGUGAGUGUAAGGUCUAUUAUGAAAAUGGAUGUGGUAAAGCGUUGUUCACAUUCUUACAAUCCAAAAUGAGAACUUCGAGCGGAUUUGCGUACGGAGCAACAUUUUUUCAGCUCUUUGGUAUUGUCGCCGCGUACCUGUUUAUUAUUUCCGGUUAGCUUCAUUUGCGAACUGCUAUAGUGUUCCGUAAUAAGAGAAAUAAACUUACAACACAGAGAUAUUUAUUUCA